UGGAGAGGACCAUGGUGACGGAGCGCGGCAGCACGGAGGGGAACAGGACCGAGCGCGUCUGGGUCUGAUCCGAGCCGCGCCCGAGGGCAAGGAAGCGCCAACGGACACCUCAGGGGAGGUCUUACCUCAGCGUGCAUCGGAGCCGAGGCAGGGCGCCAUGUCUCCUGUGCCUCGGAAGGCCAUUCGAUCGCCCGUGUUACCAGAUGCGUGGAACGCAGAACGAGAGAAACGAACCACCAGUUCCCUGGAGUCGGAGCUGUCGCCGCCGGCUCGCCUGCCGCCCUCUCCGCGGCCGUCCUCUGCCUCCCCCGGCCCGGCCCGGGGCCCGGCGAGGCGCCGUCCGCUGGCCGCCUGGCCUCGGGAGGACCCGUCCUCGGCCGUGAGGACUCCGCUGCCGUCCUCUCGGCCUCAGCCGCACAUCAUCGACUCGGAGAGCGCAGCCGGUGGUGGAGGAGGGUUCGACUUUCGGCAGCUGCUGCGGCCGGCCGGUCACGCACCUACUGAGAGUCUGAGACUGAAACGGGGCUGGAGGUCGCGGCCCGAGCUCACGUCGGGUGCUUGUGAUGUGUGAUGAAAGAUGAGGUCACUGUGCAGACAUUUUAGACGUCUCCAAGUAGGAUGACCACUGAGAACGACGGAACUCAAGUCAGGCAGUUUUGAGUUGGAAUGUUUGCGUUAUAUAAUUGUUAAUCCAAGCACCCCACGUAAAAGGCAAAAUAAAUUUUGUUAUUUCAG